CUCGCGCGUUAGCCCGGCCCUGCGCGCUCUGACUCGGCCCCUCGGGCCUCCGGGGGCGCUGCGGGGCGAUUCCCCCUCCUCGGAGGGGCUCGGCCUGCGGGGUCCCCGCAGCAGCUGCGGGCGGGCGGGUCGGCCGCCUCCCCUUCAGCAAAGCCUCCAGGUCAGUGACCGUUUGCGCCCUUUCCUCAGACGGAAGAGCACCUCCGUCCUUCGCGUCGCUGACUGCCGCCUCGGGUGCCCGGUCCCCGAAGCCGGCUCUCCCGUCGGGUCCGGGGCGCCCUCCGUGGAUGUUCCCCCCGGGGUGUCGGUGAUUGAGUUUGAUGACUAAUGACUGCUGCCUAAAGAUUGAAAGUAUGAGGCAAGACUUCCCAUUACUACUUAAUCAAGAGGAAUUGAAUUUGAAACAUACUCUCUUAAAGAGACUUUGGGAACAAGAAUGUUCAGGCAGGUUCCUCUGUCAGACUCAUAGGAUGCUGGCCAUUGAUCUUUCUCCUUGUGCUCUGCUUGCUCAGAACUCUGCCAGGUGAGGAGGGAGACACAGAAAGGGAAGAAUGGGUGCAGGAUUGCUGACAUCUUGGUCACAGGACUUGGUGACCUUUGAGGAAGUAGCGGUGGACUUCUCUCCGGAGGAGUGGGCACUCCUGAACUCUGCUCAGAAAAUCCUGUACAGAGAUGUGAUGAUGGAGAACUUUAGGAACCUGGCCUCUGUGGCAGGGUAUCAUCUCUGCAAAUACAGUCUUAUCACUGAGGUGGAGCAGUAAGAACUGAGGCCAGGGAAGAAAAGAAUUCUCCAAGGGGCCUGUUCAGUUUCAGGCUGGGCUACUCAACUUAAAUCAAAACAUUCAAUUGCUAUGCAGAAUGUUCCUGAGGAAAAAACUUCUAACGGCAUAAAAAUGGCACCAACUCACCCUGGUGAGAAACCUUUGGAAUUUGAUCACUAUGGAAAAUUCUUCAGAAAGAACUGUCACCUUAUUUGUACAAGAUAUUGCAAGGGACAGAAAUGCUACAAAUAUAAAGAAUACAGGAAAGAUUUUGACCAUUUCUUAACUCUUAGGAGUCAUAUGAGUACUCACUCUGAAGACAACAUUUCUGAAUUUAUUGACUGUGGCAGAGUUUUCAAUCUAGAGUCAUCCUGUAGGGAACACUCAAGAACUCUCACAGGAGAGAAAUCUGAGUGUAAUCAAUGUCUUCUGUCCUUCAGCUUAUACUCUUCCUUUUCAGGACAUGUGCAAAACCCUAUUGGAGAGAAACUCUGCGAAUGCAGUGACUAUGGACAAAGACCUUCCCUUAGAGUGCACAAAAACUCGUGUACUGAGAAGGGAAGCUUAAAAUGUGAUAAACAUGGGAAUGUUUUUACUGGCCCCUUGUCCCUUCAGAAAUAUGAGAGACUUCACACUGCAGAGAAACCUUAUGAAUGUAGUGACUGUGGGAAAAUAUUCAUUUUUCACUCUUCCCUUAAGAAACAUGUGAGAUCACACACUGGAGAGAAGCCUUAUGAAUGUAAUCAUUGUGGAAAAUUUUUCAGCCAGAGCUCUCAUCUUAAUGUGCACAAAAGAACUCACACUGGAGAGAAACCCUAUGACUGUAAGGAAUGUGGCAAGGCUUUCACUGUUCCUUCCUCCCUCCAAAAACAUAUGAGAACCCACACUGGAGAGAAGCCCUAUGAAUGCAGCGACUGUGGGAAAGCCUUUAUUGAUCAGUCAUCCCUUAAGAAACAUCGACGCUCUCACACUGGAGAGAAACCUUAUGAGUGUGAUCAAUGUGGAAAAUCCUUCAGCACGGGCUCUUAUCUUAUUGUGCACAAGAGAAUGCACACUGGAGAGAAAACCUAUGAAUGUAGAGAAUGUGGGAAGGCCUUUAGGAAUUCCUCUUGCCUGAGAGUACAUGUGAGAACUCACACAGGAGAAAAGCCCUAUAAAUGUAUUCACUGUGGAAAAGCAUUCAGCACCAGCACUAACCUUAUAAUGCACAAGCGAAUACAUACCGGGCAAAAACUUUAAGAAUGAAAUGACUACAGGCUAGCUUUAAAUGGCCCUUCGCACCUCAUUCCUCACUCUAGAACUCACACUGGAGAGAAACCUCAUUGUGACCAAUGGUGAAAGCCUUUAGGCACAACUCUCGACUUAACCUUAUACAGGGAGCAACUUUGUAAGUGUUACAGUUCUGUGAUUGUCUUUAUCAGUGAGUGUUUCAUCCUUAAAGUUUGACAACUCAUUAAUUGAGUAUUAAAUGUAAUGUAGCAUUCUAAAUUUCCCUUGAUUUACAUCACAGAAGUUUUGAUCGAUAAUGUUUUCAUUGUAAUUUAGUACUUAAUAUUGUCCAAUUCUCAUCAAGAUGUCUUGGAUCUAUACAAGAUUCUUGGAUUUAGAAAUGUGUUUUAGUGUGAAAACUGCAUAUUUUAAUUAUUUUUUAGUUAUAGAGUUCUAAUUUAAUUACAUUGUGCACUCAAUAUAUGGUCUUCAUGAUAUAGAUUCUAAAUUACACAUACUGAGAUAGAAAAUGGUUGGAGAUUUGCUUUGUGGCCUAAUGUGUCAGAGAGAACCAGUUGCUGUUCCAUAUUCAUUGCUCCCUUCCUUAAAGUAACAGAACUACAAUUGUGUUCAAGUUGGCAGUGUGGACAGUUUGUUAAGGAAUUAUCUAGCUUUCCUUGCAGCUAUGAGUGCCCAUGAUCCCACAGUCCUGGCCAAUGAGAAAGAGUGAGAGCUGCUUCUGGGUUUUAAAAAGAAACCCAUGAAAUGGGAGCAUCUCAUCUGGUAUUUUCUCUUAACAUUUUCCAUUUAUCUUAUCUCUUCUUCUUUCUUAGGAAAUAAACCAAAAAGGAUGGCAGUCAUAGGCUACUGAUUAUACAGCAAGGACAUACAAUAGUAUUUGGCUGUUGUACCAACCCUGGGUUGCUUGUUUCUGGACUUCAUGUAACAUGAAGAAAAAAAAAAUAAGCUCCAAACUGGAUUAAACCACUCUUGUGGGAAGAUUCUGUUACAACAGAUUUCACUCUCAAUUGAUAGAUCUCAUAUGUGACCAGGUUUUAUGAAUCCUUCAAAUAUAGUUGAAAACAAUGUAUAUUCUGUAAUCAUCAGGUAUAAUAGAUUUAUCUGAUAGAUAAACCUUA